GACUGCGGCAACGAUAACGGUUACGACAAUUCAAGUGAUACUUAAUUUAGUUGCAAUCUAAUAAGUGUGUGAAUUGCUUGAGGUUAUACAAAACAWAAGGAAGUGCAGAUUUCAGAAGUCCUUUCAUAGAAAUGGCGCCACAUAACAAUUUCAGUGACAUAAAAUUAGCCAUUGAACCGAAUUCCCACAARAACGUUGCGCCCAGCGUGGAAAAUAUCGAAAACUCCUCAAGUGCGCGAAAUGCCAAGGAAAUUAGUGCGCCUAGCACUUCGCAGGACACACAACCCCUGCAGCAUGACUAUGACACUGUGCUUGAUAUAAUAGGAUAUGGCCGUACGCAAUGGCUAAUGCUGAUCACCAGCGGUUUGCUCUUGAUGAUGGUCAUCAACGAGACAAUGGGCAUGAGUAUUGUAACGAUUGCCUCUCAGUGCGAUUUCGCAACAACAUCGGGGGAUAAGGCUAUCAUGAGCGCCGCUUCAUUUGCGGGAAUAGUGCUGUUUUCAUACGUUUGGGGCUAUCUAAGUGACGCCACAGGACGUCGGCGUAUAUUGCUCUUUGCAACUUUCGGCGGAUCUUUGUGCGCGCUGAUAUCGAUGUUCAUGCCCAGCUUUUGGUAUUUCGUAUUCAUGCGCUUCGUGGUGGGAUGUUUCAUUGCUGGACCUUCCUCCACGAUAUACGCAUUUUUAGGUGAAUUUCAUGCGCGUCGCCACAAUGCCCUUGCAAUGAACUAUGCUAGUUUGUUUGUGGGCUUAGGGAUGACAUAUGUGCCUGCAAUCGCUUGGUUGGUGCUUUCCAUGGAUUGGUCACUUCAGUUGAGCGAUAGCUUUGCGUUUCGUCCGUGGCGGCUUAUGAUGAUCGUCAAUCUGUUGCCGGGUCUAAUAGCUGCUUGCAUAUUAUUAAUGCUACCGGAAAGUCCUAAGCUGCUUUUAUCAUUGCAUAAAGAUGAAGAAGCUUUAGCAGCAGCAAAUUGGAUUUGUAAAUGUAACACUGGCAAAGAUUUGAAGCAGUUAGGCGUUAAGAAACUGAAGCCCGAAAGAACAAUGGUUGAUAAGGUGCAUAUUACGAGCAAGUCGUGCUUUCAGACUGUUAAGCACAUCUGGCAGGAGACUCGCCCAUUAGUACAUCGCCCAUACGUUCUAAAUUUUUUGCUUAGCUGUGUCACUAUGUGCGGCCUAUUUUUCAGUUCUAAUGGCAUGGGUCUGUGGUUUCCAGAAAUUCAAAAUAGACUUAGCAUGACUACAGCUGAAAAUCCUGAAACAAUUUGUCAAAUUAUUAUUAACACAUUAAAUGAUAGAAAUGAUCUUACAAAUACUUCGAAGGUAUGCGUCGAUGAGAUCAGCGAUAAAAGCUAUAUUGACUCGAUUUCCAUGGGCCUAUGCUACGUGGUGGGCUAUCUUCUGAUAGGUGGGAUCAUAAAAUUAUUUGGACGCAAAGCAACAGUUAUUGGAUCUUUGCUCCUCAGCACGGUCUGCGGUGUCACGCUGUUUUGGCUGCGCAACCCGACUGCUAUCGUUGUAUCGUUUAUUGUGUUCCUCACAUUGCCAGGCCUGUGUAUAUCCCUGCUGGGUAGUGGUGUGGUGGAACUAGUGCCUACUCAUUUGUGUGGCAAAGCAGUUUGCAUUUGCUUAUUGCUCGGCCGAUCGGGCAGCAUUUUCGGCAGCCACCUUAUCGGUGUACUGCUGGAGUCCAAUUGCUAUUUGACAUUUGGCAUUUUCACUGGCUACGUUUUGGUUUGCAUGCUGCUUACAAUGACCCUGCCCAUUUGAGCGCGCUAAACAGUUUAAGCGAUUGYUUAUUAAAGCCAGUGAUGUGGGCGUAGCUGCAUUCACCGUAUCUCUGAUACAUUCUGAUCUAGUAGUGAAUUUUUUUUAGGAAAAUCGUUACUUAGUCGCUUAGUAAUUUAAUGUCAACUUGUUAUAUGCAUUGCUCAAUUGUAAUGUGUUGUAACAGCAUUUAAUCGAUAAGUUGUUGAAGUUAUUUUGCACAGCUGCCCUUAUGUAAAUAUUUUGAACUCAACCAGCUUUUGCUGUGUGCCUUGUAGGAAAAUGUUGCAUGCAGCUGUUUUGGCAAUAUUUUUUAACUAAAGUAGAAUUACUGGUUUUUAUAGCUUUAUGCCAGUAGGUAUAUCAUGCACUAUAUUAUCACUAGUUUUUUAAGAAUCAACUGUAUUUACAUACUCAUUGUUGUUGUUGYAUGAGUAAAUUUUUCAAGCUAAAAUAAAAUUUUAUUAAAGGAAA